AUGGCUUCAGUUCGCCUUCCUUUUACGAUCCUUGCUCUUUUCAUUGCCCUCAUUCUCCCUCUUGCAGCUGCCGCCCCGUCUCCGGCCGUCAAGCCCGGUGUUAAACUCGACGGCAAUCCCAGUGUUAUGGGAAAGGGCAGUUACCCGCGCGCAACCUACAUCAAAGAUAAAUCCUUGCUAGGAUGCUUUAGAGCGCUCCACGACGACAAAGUCUCAAUUGAGACGGUCAGGUCCACUGACAAGGGCAAGACCUGGAUACCUGUGGGCACUGUUAUCACCGAAGUUGAAAAGACACACGGGUUGAACAACUGCUAUCUUCACCAACUGCCGAAAUCAGACAGGAUCCUGAUGGCUUUCCGGAACCACGAGCGCGACCCGAAGACGGAGAAAUAUACUAAGUAUAUCAUGUCAGUGUAUUACUCGGACGACAGGGGAAAGAAAUGGGAACCUCUCAGCACUGUUGCGACGACUGCGACCCGUGGGCUGGGCGUCUGGGAGCCGCUCAUGAUGGACGAUCUCAACGGUGACUUAAUGUUGUUUUUCUCGAGAGAAACUCGGAAGGAUGGGAAGGACCAGAACAGUAUCCUGGUUCGUUCCACUGACGGGGGCAAGACUUGGGGGAGGGAGGAGACCAUUUCGGGCGGGGACAUCCAGAAACGGGAUGGAAUGUUGGGCGUCACUCGUCUGGCACCUAAUUCCAAAAAGAUGAUAGCCGUCUUCGAGAGCCUGACACCAAACACUGGCAUCACUUCGAUCACAUCCUCUGAUGAUGGAAAGUCUUGGAGCAGAGACCGCAGGACUGUUUACAAGGGCACUAACGGACCUCCCAGCGAGUCAGCCCCUCAGGUUGUCCGCGUCGGCAAGACUCUUGUUGCCAGCUUCUCGACCUGGGAAGACGACCGGAAGGCUGGGAAGUCUAAGCCACCGAAUGUUAAGAUUGUCACCAGCACAGAUGGAGGAGCUACCUGGGGCCAAAAGACACUGGUGCACAAGAACUGUCAUUGGGCUGGAGAAGUAGCAAUCGACGACAAGAGCCUUCUUGUUCUGUGUGACUACAAUAACGGGGCGGCAAUCGCACAACGCGUGAGCAUAUCUUGA